GUAGGACUUUUAUUUUGUAUUUUCCCCCGAGCCUAUGGCGUACCCUACGUCAUGACGUAGAAGAAGCGUCGAUGACAGUGGUGCGCGCCAAUUGAGUUUGUAAGCAAACGAUAAAAACACUACGAGAUGAUGAUGUUGGAAGACACGAUUCGGACUUUCGUCCGCAAAGAGCUCCGGCAGGGUGAUCUCAGUUCCCUGACUCUAGGCAUCCUAAAGGGGCGGUACCAAAAGCAUGUGGGUGUGGACAGCCUGUCUGCAGACGAGCGACACGUACUGAAGAGAGUAGUGGAACAGGAGCUGCUUAACAUGAAGGAGCAGCAGGACGAGGAUGAUCAGCACGAGAAGGUGGCGACAGGGGACACACACACACUUAAACACUCCAAACGCAAGAGGGAGGAGGAGGAAGAAGAAGAAGAAGAAGAAGAGGGCACCGCAGCCAAGAAGCCCAGAGCAGAUGACAGCGACGACGAUGAUGAUGGUGAGAUUCAGCGGAAGGUGAAGAGAGAGAGGAAGAAAGCCGCUCAGACGUCCAGCGAGGAGGAGGAGGAAGAACCGGAAAAGGCGAAACAGCCAAUAGGCAAGAAGAAGAAGAAAGAGGAAGCGGAAGAGAGUGAUGAGGAAGAGGACAAGAGUGACGCUGAGGUGAAGAAAGAAGAGAGUGAUGAUGAUGAUGAUAGUGAUGAGGUGAAGAAAGAGGAGAGUGAUGAGGAUGAGGUGAAGAAAGAGAAAAGUGAUGAUGAGGAUGAGGAGGAAGAUGAAGAAGUGAAACAGGAAGAGUCAUCUGAUGAAGAACCGCUUGCAAGGAAAGGGAGUGCUGAAGCGGCGGGACAGGAAGGGGAUUCAGACUCCUCCUCUUCCUCUCUGCCCUCAUUGGACGAGGACGAGGAUGAGGGCGGGGUUAAAGCCAAGUCAGGGCCAGGGCGUAAGAAGACUGAAGCAAAAGAGAAGGCGGAGCCUAAAGAGAGGAAGAAGAGCGAUGACAAGAAGGAGAAAAAGAAAAAGAAGGACGAUGAGGAUGACAAAAAGAAGGAGGACAGGGCGCUGACUCGUCUGAAGCGCUACAUCGCCCUCUGUGGUGCCCGCCGGAACUACAAGAAGCUUCUGGAAGGAUGCAAGUCCAAGAAGUCCAAACUGGAGGCACUGAACAGGGAGCUACAAGCACUGGGAGUGGAAGGCAACCCCACUAUUCAGAAGUGUAAGCAAGCUCGUAAGAUGAGGGAAGAAGCUCAGGAGCUGGCGGAGCUGGACAUGAGUAACAUCAUCACCACACAAGGUCGUCCGCCACGGCGGCAGGCCACGAGGGGAAUGUUUGAGAGGCCGAGUCCGUGCAAGAGCGAGAGUGUGUCGCAUAAGCGCGUCUUGGACUCCGACUCGGACGGCGAGGCCAGCAGGGGGAAGCAGCGCACCGCAGACUGGAGAGGCGGCCUGAAGGGCAUCAUAAGCGAUGAAGACAGCGACGACUAGCGUGUGCGUGUGUGCGUGUGUGUGUGUGUGUG